AUGCCAAUUGAGAAAGAUUUAAAAACUGCCUACAAAACCUUAUAUGAUGAUAAGGAGCCACUGAAGGCUCUUCGUAUUUACGAUGAAAUUCUCAAAGACUCUCCCACGAACUUUACGGCUCUCAUAUACAAGGCAGCAUGCCUCGAGAAACUAUUUUUUGGGUUUUCUGAUUGGCAUAGCGAAGUAACUAUGGAAAACGCAAAGGAACUCCUAGGCAAUGCUUUGACAACGGCUGAGAAUAGAGGUGAUCGAUCGAAAAUUGCUCUUGCUAAUUUCCGUUAUUUUGUUCACUUCUUCAAUAUUAAGGAUUACGAGCAAGCGCAAUGUUACUUCAAGGAAGCCAAAAAACUUGGCUAUGCUGAUGAUACUCUGCCUUUAUGGGAAACUCGUUUAGAGGCAAAGUUAAAUAAAAGAAGUAAGAAACAAAAAGAUUCAACUGCCAAACAUACACUUUCACCAGUGAAAAGUACUGAAGACAAAAGAGACAAUACUACUCCCCAUAGCACCCUUCUCUCCUCUAAAAGUGAAACCGGUUCUCAUGAAACUACUAAAUUAAAAGUUGACUGGUACCAAUCUAGCACCUCUGUAACCAUAUCCUUAUUUACCGCUAAUCUUCCCCAAUCUAAGGAAGAAGUUAAUGUAGAUAUUUCUCCAAAAGAUAGAAGAACUUUAUCGAUAUCAUAUAGAGUACCGAACACCGUUUCUGAAUUUCAGUACAAUACUAGACUUUCACACGAGGUACACUCAGAAGGAGUUUUCUUGAAUAUUUUCCCAAAGAAAAUUGAAAUCACCUUGAACAAAGUUGAUAACCUGCAAUGGAAGAUUUUAGAAGGAGAUAAUGUGAGGGACUAUUCAAGUUCAUCAAAUAUGAACGAAAAUUUGUACUCUCCGAUAUGUGCUUCAUCGACGGAGACAUCCUCAAAAGAGAGAUUAUCCUAUCCUUCAUCUUCUAAAAAAAAAAUAGACUGGUCUAAACUUGAUAUUGAUGAAGAAGCCGAUGAAGAAGCAGGAUCUGCUGAUAGUUUCUUUCAAAAGCUCUACGCUGGAGCGGAUCCAGACACUAAAAGAGCUAUGAUGAAGUCCUUUAUAGAAAGCAACGGUACUUCAUUGAGUACAGACUGGGAAGACGUAUCUAAAGGGACAGUCAAAAUUUCACCACCAGAAGGUAUGGAACCUAAACAUUGGUGA